UUUGCCCUCUCUUGUCGCCUGUACGCCCGCUUUGUCGCCCGCCGUCUUCACGUGCUUACAACACUACCCUCUUACCGCUCCUACUCGUCGUCGUCUCCGUUACCACUCUCUUCGCACGCUUCUUCGGCGUCUACAGCCGUCGCCACAUCUCCCAGCAUCCUGUUCCUGUCCACGAAAUUUCGAAAUAACCGACUCGCGCGUUGCUGUUCCUCUCGAUCUCGGCAGGACGGCACGUAAGAGUUUCCUCCACCUUUCCACGCACGGAGCGGCCCUUCUUUCUCCCCCCUCCGUCUUCUCCUGCUUCAUCAGCAGCACCGGCAGACCGCUGCGGUGAACGAAUACAGUCCUGCACCAGCUCCUCCGCUAUACCACCAUCGCCCUACUCCUUCCAGUAGACUCGCCGCCGCGAGACACACGCGUUGGUUUGAAACCGGCUUGAAGGACGUCACGACCGGCUUUUCGAAACACGCAUACGUAGACGAAUACAUAUAUACACAUACACGUGCGAUCCAGUACACCCUCAGCGGCGACCAACCGCCUGUGUGUGCAUAAAGGAAGGGAGAUACUUGUGCAAAAGCGCGCGCGUCUAGAGAGCACGUUCUUCUUGGUCGACGUUUAGCUUCGAAGGCUUUCAAGCUUUGCCCGACUACUACUACUAUUCUACUACUACCACUACUGCUACUACUACUACUACUACUACUACUACUACUACUACUACUACUACUACUACUACUACUACUACUACUACUACUACUACUACUACUACUACUACCAGGCUACAGCUUCUCAACGCUACGGUGCGCUGCAAGAUUAAGAGAGAACAGAGGAAAUAUAGUGAAUAAGGAGUCGAUAGAUGAGAUCGACGAGCUACGACGCCGCCUUAUCACGAAGCCAGGAGUAGCGCCAUCCCGCCUAAAAUCGACCGGUGUCUAAUCGCUGUCGAUAUAUAGCUUCACCUUUUUCGCUUCUUCUCUUUUCCCGGUGAGAUAUCUCUUCAUCCUGUCCUCUCUCGCCUGCGUACAUUUAGCUUUCCCGGAGAUUAUCGUGUGAGAAACGCGUGCACCAUCAAAACCCGGCCUACGAGAUUAAAGAAUUUCGCAGAAACGCGAAUCAUCGACGACAACGCCUAAGCCGGCCGCCGCCGUGCUCCUUCGAUUAAUACUCGCCACGGAAUCCGAUAUCAGGCGAGAGAAAAAGAACGGCGAUAAGCCACGUUCGAAACAGCCGACGUUGCUGAUAAACGCGAGUCUUCGUCAGACAUAUCGCGCGACGACAACGACGACGAGAGCCAAGCGCGAUUUCGAGGUGAGGAAGAACGAAAUCGCGAAACACGGUGAUUUCCCACGCGGAAGAUCUACGCACAGGAAGACAGACGCCGAUCAUCGUGUACAUGGGACACUAAGAUCAUCGCAUCGCGCUUAAACGAGAGAUCUCCUGCCGUAAGAUCAGUCGACGCGUGUGCACGCGACCGGAGAAAAGGAGCCGAUCAUCACGAGCAAGAGUUUAGAACGGCAAGAGAGAAAGAAAGAGAAAGAAAGAAAAGAGAGAGAGGAGAGUCCAGGUUACUACUCUCUCACGGUAGAAGCCAACCGACGGGGACUCUCGGUCUUCCAGGAGUGGAAGAAUGGCAAUGGUCAGCAUGAAUAACCUACUGAACGGCAAGGACUCGCGGUGGCUGCAACUGGAGGUUUGCAGGGAGUUCCAGCGCAACAAGUGCACCAGGCCCGACACGGAGUGCAAGUUCGCCCAUCCGCCGGCUAACGUCGAGGUGCAGAACGGACGGGUGACCGCCUGCUACGACAGUAUCAAGGGUCGGUGUAAUCGAGAAAAGCCACCUUGCAAGUAUUUUCAUCCCCCACAGCAUCUGAAGGACCAACUCUUGAUAAACGGGCGCAACCACUUAGCGUUGAAAAACGCGCUGAUGCAGCAGAUUCAGCAGGGCCUUACGCCGGGUCAGACUCUCGUGCCCGGGCAGGUACCCGCAGUGGAGGCACCAGCACCUCCGGCACCACACCAUCACCUUCAACAGCAAAUCCAGCAGCAACUUCUCGCUACCCACGCCUUUAUGGCGACGAAUCCGUACCUGACUGGUAUGCCGCAGGUUAGCAAUACGUACAGCCCGUACUUCGCGCCCAGCCCGAUAAUGCCGGCGAUAAUGGGCCCGGCGGACCCAACGGGCGUCGGCAGUCCGCUCGGCGUAGUACCGCAGACAGUGGCGAUGCCGCAGAAGAUGCCACGUACCGACCGCCUCGAGGUAUGUCGCGAGUUUCAACGCGGGGCGUGCAAACGCGGCGAGACGGAGUGCCGGUUUGCGCACCCCCUCGAGACGGUGCAGGCGAACGAGGACGGCUCUGUGACGGUCUGCAUGGACGCUGUCAAGGGCCGAUGCAAUCGGGACCCCUGCCGCUAUUUCCACCCCCCUCUGCACCUUCAAGCCCACAUUAAGGCCGCACAAUCUCGGGCUAGCAUUGCGAUGGACAUGAAGUCUGUCGGGUCGUUCUACUACGAGAACUUUGCCUUCCCAGGGAUGGUUCCGUAUAAACGACCGGCGGCCGACAAGUCCGGCGUGCCGGUCUAUCAGCCUACCGGUGCGACGACCUAUCAACAGUUAAUGCAGCUGCAGCAGCCCUUCGUGCCUGUGUCAUGUGAGUACACUGGAACACCACCCCUACCCACUCAAACCUCUAACCAAUCGGUCGUGCAACCCCCGAACGUGCAAAGCAACCACCACGCGAUAGUGGUGCAAUCCUCCUCCUCCCAGGGAGCCGCUGGCGCAACAGUCAAUAACUGCGCCGACGCCAACAAUGGCGUGCUGAUGGAUCCCAACAAUCCGCCGCCGCCACCUCCGACCGCUGACAAUAACAGUAACAAUAGUAACGGCAAUAACAAGCAACCGGUUACCACGCAGAAUCAUGAUGAAAAUUCGCGUAACUCCCCCGAAUUGAAUCAUUCGAGCCCGUCGUCCCUGCAGCAGCAGCAGCAGCAGCAACAACAUCAGCAACAACAGCAGCAGAUACCGCAACAUCAACAGCAACAGCAGCAAAUUAACCAGUUGGCGCUGUCACCAGCGAUGAGUCCAUUGACUUCUAUGGCCAACCUGACCUCAAUGCCUGGUAUGGUGAACAUGGCCUCGAUGGCUUCUAUGGCCUCCAUGGCAAAUAUGUCAUCGAUAACGAACAUCACCUCUAUGGGCAAUUAUAACGCUGCUUCCAACAUGGCGAGCCUAAAUAUGCUCAACAGCCUCGGAAUGGCCUCUGGAUUACCAGCCCCUCUCGAUCCAGCGACUCUCGCCAAAGAAGUUGCUCAGAAAAACUAUGCUAAAGCCAUUAAGCUCUCGCAGUCUUACGGCAUUGGUCAGCUCGCACUUAAUUACACCGGUGUCGCUCUGAAUAAGCAAAACCUCGUGAAUCCCGCCGCGGCGGCCGCCGGGAAUCCCGCGGUGGCAGCAGCCAGUCUGCAAGCCACCGCGGCGACUCCCAGAUCUGUCAUCCCGAGUCUGGCCGGUAUCCCGGGCGCUUUGACCUCACCGCUAUCCGCGGGUAUCUUGGCGUACUCCAGACCGCCACCCACAGCGACCCCCAUAAAUCCAUAUUCUCUGAUCAGGCAGCAGAUCUUGCCGAAUCCAUAUGUCCAGGCGUCGAUACCUGUACCCGGCGCUGCGACCGUACAAACCAAUCCCUAUGUCCAGAAUCCAUAUGCUGUUCUACCUGCAGUAGCCAGUGUACCUGGAGUAGCGGCAGGCGUCGCGGCCGCGGCUGCGGCCGCGGGUGUACCACAGAUACAGCAGAUAGGCAACCCGGCGACAAUAGCGGCGCAGCCGCAGGUAGCGAUCCCCGUCAGUUCUGGGGUGAUCAUGCAACCGUACAAGAAGAUGAAGACAUCGUAAAGACAUCCUUGCCUACCGGCUCGGGAAGACUCGUCUUUUCUCACGAAAGUGCCGUUCCUUCCUUCGGGCACCUUCCAUUCUCUCCCUCGCGGCGAACGAACGAACGAUUCCGCGA